UUUAGAUUACUAAAAAACUUUUUUUUUCAGAUAAAUGAACCCCUUGACGAAUGCACGCAACCAACAAGAAUUAUCUGAACGGGAGCUUCAUUUAGGAGUUGCAAACUCAAACCAAUCGUGGCAUUCGUUGCAUAAAAACAGUGCCUAUGUUUAUGCAGGAGGAUUACCCUACGAUUUAUCGGAAGGUGACAUAAUCUGCGUGUUCAGUCAGUAUGGAGAAAUUGUGGACAUCAAUUUGAUUCGAGAUAAAGCAACGGGAAAGUCAAAGGGCUUCUGCUUUUUGGCCUACGAAGACCAAAGAAGUACAAUUUUAGCGGUCGACAAUUUGAAUACGGCUAAAGUGUGCAAUCGACAAAUAAGAGUGCAGCAUGUAUCAGAUUAUAAGGCGACUCAGUUGAAGGAAAAAGAUUUGAAAGAUAGUGAGAAAAGCGACUGGGUUAAACUUCAAUUGGAAGGAGUUGCUCCAAAAGCAAUUAGCAAUGGGCAUGGAAGCUCGGAUUCAGAUGCCGAGAUAGUUAUCGCGAAGAAAAAGAAGUCGAAAAAAGAGAAGAAAGAAAAGAAAACGAAGAAAAAUAAAGACGAACGAAAGCAAUUAAAGAGAGAAGCUUCUCCGAGUUUUAUUAAAGGUGAGGUUAAAGUUAAGAAAGAAAGACGUGAUCACAAGGAGUACGAGAGACCAGAAAACUACAGCCAUGAAAACCGAUACAGAAAUGCAGAAAGAGUAGAAAAAGAUGGCAAAAUUAAAAAGAGGAAGCGAUCUAGAUCAGGAUAGCUCGAACUCAUGGGGUCUUACUGCUUUGAUAAGAUGGUGAGGUAGAUUAUGGCAAUGAAAGAUGGGGACCCAAAAGAAAUAGCAAUUUUUGAAAAGAUGGAGUUUGAAGAACUUUCCGAUGGCAUUGCCGAGGUUCAAUCGAAAUGCCGAGGAACUUUCAUAGUGACUGAAAUUACUGGUCCAUGAAGCCGUGAUCAAUUAAAGCAAAACUAUGCGUUUCUUCUCGUAUUAGAAAAGAAAAUUUCGUGUCACAAAUUUUUGCAGUGGUGUUGAGUAUAGAGCGAGCUCACAUCGUGUCAUUACACUAGUGAUAGACAUAAUUUUUGUGCACUGACAUGCUAAACUCGAGAGUUAGAAUUUAACUUCGUGGAAAUGUGCUACGUCAUCUUCUACUAAAAUUUCAUUUUUUGAUUUCAUACUUUCUUUUCAAUAUGUCUUCAACAAAAUAAUUCAGUUAUAUUGGUUUUUGGUGGCGUUGUGUCAAUUUCUGUCGGCUUAGUUGCCGAUAUUGCUUAGAUCAGACUAGUUCAGACUCUUAUAUAUGUCGUUAUGAUUUUUUUCAGAAAAAGUCUUGAAAGAGUUCGGGCUGAAAUUUUUUUUUGCGGUUUGAUUUUCGAUUUCUUUUUUAGUUCAGUUCAUUUCCUUUGUUAAAAGGAAUGCAAACUCCAUCAUCGAACAGAAAAAGUGUAAAGGUCUUGAAAAACUUCGAGUUUCGAUAGCGGAAUUAAGUUUUUAGACUUUUCAGGUAAAUAAAAAAAAUAACUUUUUAAUACAUUUUAUUCAAAUUGGCAAACAUAAAUU